GCUUCCAUAAUUAUCCAAGUCACUUCAUCGUCCACAAAAAGAUUGAUAUUCCUCUCCUAUUGCAGUUUUACCUCUAUAUUCCGAGUAGUAUAUAGGGCGUCACGAUGGCACGUCAAACAAACCAUCAAAAAGACAUUCCAGUCACCCACCGCAGAUCACUCGAGGGAAGUAAAGCGCAUGGCACAAAAUCAAAACCCAAGACAUCCAAAGUAUCCAAGACUACAUCGACACCCAAGCAAUCCCGAGAGCAAGCCAAGAAACCCGUCGUUGUAAAACCAAUCCCAAAGAAUGAGGUUCGGAAACUUCAACAGAGUGGUAAAGAUGCACGUUCAUCUCAGCUUCCAAAACAUGCUCAUAGAACCGUAUCGUCUCCUCAACCUGAGGAUCUCUCUUUCGCUUUUCAGGAAUCUCUCGAAGGAGCCAGAACCCACAUCCUACACGUCGGAAACGCCGCAUUCGAAGAAGCGUACACGGUUCUCCUCCAAAAGCUCACCGAGGACAAAACCCACGAUCGAGCCUUCCUCCAGACCAUCUCCCACAACGCACAAGCGCUCAGCGCGCCGCUAGCCACGCAGAAAAUCCAAGUGAGCGUGCAACAAAAAGGGCGUCGCAUAUCCGAAGUCGUAGAGAUUGGUAAGCGCAUUUCACAAUUCCGGCAGACGCUCAAGGAGGAAGAGGAUAAGCUCGAGGGAUAUUGGAAGGAGUGGGAGAGCCUACAGGUCGAGUUCAAGACAUUAGUGACAAGGGUGUUUGGGGGUGAGGCAGUCAAUGAGGAGGAGCCGGAUCAGGGAUAUCUUGUCGAUAUGCAGUUGUUAGACGUGGAACAUACGGCCCGGAUGAAUGUUUUGUUGGAAGAACUGGAUGAAGUAGGAAAUGAUGCGAUUAAAAAGAUGAAGGCUUCAGAGAAGGAAAUCGAUGUAAAAACAGACCAAGUGCGACAAAGAAUUGUAGGGGCAAUGAUGUGGUAAAAGAAUUUCAUUUUCAUCUGAUCACUGGUGUUCAACUGCUCCUGAUGUGUCAUUUGGGAUGUGAUGCAUAAUACAAACACACACUAGCUAUAUUUUCA